AUGACCGACUCGGCGUUUGCAGCACUCGUACCUCCAGCCUGGACCGAGACUGAGAGUGGAACGCUUUGUUACAAGGAGACCCCACAGGAAAUCCAGACUGAUGAUAAGCUUGCUGUGGCUGAAGAGGUGCUUGAGUAUGACCGGAUUACUGCGCGGAGAACAUGUUUUGGGGUGGUGUCUGUGUCUGUACCGUUGAAGGCUGCGGUUGAUAACAUGCUUGCGGCUGCUGCUGCUGUUGUUGAGGUUGUGCCGUCGACGGCCAUGAGGAAGUUUGAUACAUUGUUGGUCUUCGGAAGACUCUGCGUGAAUACUCGAUCACAAUAUUGGAAAUUGCAGAAACCAUCGGUUUCAACAGCACUCGAAACCAUGAAACAACAGUUCGACGGGUUCAUCGAAGGUUUUCUUUCAAGAUCACACCAAACGACGUCAAUGCAGAUACGACGCAAUACAAACUCAUGGGAGGAUGUGAUGGCGGAGGCGGGAGCUAUUUCUGACAAGUACAAGAAACAGAAGAAUUCAUUCGGCUGCAGGAACCAACUAUUCACACGAUCAUCUCGUCCAGUCGAGUUUCUCAUCGAGGUGAUGCUCAUCGAGUUUGUGGUGCAAGUGAUGCCCGAGGACGAUGUCACGUUGAAGUCUUCUCCCGACGUGACGAAGGCUGCAAGUCGUCAUCAUGCUUUGGUCCAUGAGAUUGAUGCCACUAAGACCUACGCCCGGCUUUACGAGUGGUCACCGCGCAUUCGGCACGCCGUGGAGGCAGGCUUUGGGGGCUUCAGAGCAGGUGUCAAGUCGGUCUUCGCCGGAGAAGAGUACGGUUCUGAGCUGCGAAAAAAGGAUAACCACGUGUAUCGAGAAGACUUCGGCGUAACUCGAAGAUGCGGGCAAAAGGAGGCGCUCGAAGCAUUGAGGUCCAAGACUAGCCAGCACCAUCCACAGCCGCAGCAACAGAUCAACUAUUAUGUCACUCUCUCUAUGCCUAGAGUCACGGGUUCCAUGCUACUGUCGACGCCCGGAUUUGGGCUGUUAGCGAACGCUGAGAACCAGGCGCUUUCCAGUAUACAGAAAGAAUCGGAACUUGUUUUCUUUGUGGGUAACUCACUAAGCCCUCAGAAACAAGGCCGGCUAACCUCGAUCAAACGAGAUCAAACUUUUCAAAAUUGGUCCAAAUCUACGAACUCUCAAGUCCUAGUACUCAGCGGCAUGGACUUUGAUGUACUGCACACGGAUGUUGUUUCGACUCUGAGUUACAUGUGUUCCCUACUGGCUCGCACAAUUUCCCGCAUGUAUCACGCUUUUCCAUUGGCCUUCUUUUGCCGGAUUCACUGCGAUCCGGAGGGGCCACUUCCGGGCGCUACCGGCUUGUUAAGAUCCCUGAUCCCACAGAUCCUGCUGUCUUCAAAUGGGCAAAUCGACAUGGAUUUCCUGACGGAGGCCAGCUUGCACGUCGUUCAAUAUCUUGAUAUACAGGUCCUAUGA